AUGCCAAAAGUCUACAGUGGUAUAGCGGCUCAGGAUGUUCACAGCACAAUCAAACUUCUGAUCAAUCAGCUGGUGAACAUCAAGGACGAGACAGGGGAGUUCUUGCUGCGGUUGGAGGAUGGUCGAGUGAUUGAUACGAAAGGCUGGGCCGGCUGGGAAUGGACGCACGGAGUUGGUCUUUAUGGACAGUGGAAUUACUAUACUCUCACAGGCUCUCCUGAGGCGCUUGCCAUCAUCGAACAAUGGUUCGCAGAUCGCUUUGAAGAAGGCGGGACAACUAAAAAUAUCAACACCAUGGCUGCGAUGCUGACCUUGGCCUACCUGUAUGAGAAGACUGGAAGCCAGCCUUGUGUAGCGUGGCUGGAAAGUUGGGCGGAUUGGGCCAUGAACGAGCUUCCACGAACAAAGUAUGGUGGCAUGUCCCACAUGACAUAUAAUUCUCUCAACUCCCAAGAAUUAUGGGAUGAUACCCUCAUGAUGACGGUGCUCCCAUUAGCGAAGAUUGGAAAGCUCCUGAACCGUCCAGAGUAUGUCGAGGAGGCAAAGCGACAAUUCCUUUUGCACAUAAAGUAUCUGUUUGAUACCAAGACAGGGUUGUUUUACCAUGGUUGGACAUUCGAUGGUAACCAUAAUUUCGCUGAAGCUUUGUGGGCGAGAGGCAACAGCUGGCUUACAAUCGCAAUUCCAGAGAUGUUGGAAUUGCUCGACUUGCCACCAAAUGAUGCAUUUCGCGUCCAUCUGAUCGACACACUUGAAGCUCAAUGUCGGGCUUUGAUCUUGUUCCAGGAGCCAGGAGGACUGUGGAGAACCUUGAUCAACCACCCAUCUCAUGAAGGAUCUUACGUCGAGAGUUCGGCUACGGCUGGGUUUGCGUUUGGUAUGUUGAAGGCCUUGCGUUUGCGAUACAUCAAAGGAGAGGAGUUUCGAGCUUCAGCGCUCCAAGCUAUCAAGGCGGUGUUAGCAAAGGUGACCAAGGAAGGAGAAUUGACCGAAGUGAGCUUUGGCACGGCCAUGGGACAUACGUUGCAACACUACAUGGACAUUGAUCGCACGAGUAUGCCGUAUGGACAAGCCAUGGCCAUAAUGGCCCUGGGAGAGUUUUUAAGAGUUUUCAUAUAG